AUGAUGAUUUCUUCCAAGACUGUGGUUCUACUGCUACUGCUCCUUUCCCUUUCUGAAUCGUCUGCCAAGCUAGGAGACGGAUCUAAAGCACGGAGACUAGAAUCAAACGAGCGAGAGUUGAGCGCUUACACUGAUUACAAGAACAGACCAACGAAGCAAGUGGAAUAUGUUGGUUCCAACCCGUCUCAAAUUCUUGAACACUGCCAGGGUGACUGCGAUUCAAACGACGAUUGUGGUCUUGACUUGAUCUGUUACCAAAGGAAUGCCUACGAAGAAGUCCCAGGCUGCAACGGAGGUCGCACGGAUGGCUCAAAUUCAGACUACUGCAUCAAAAGCAGUGACUGGGAGAUCAGCGGAACACCACGGUUGCAGGUUGUCAGUCACUACCCUGAGGAGGCAUCACUGGGGCGCUGCGAAGGCGACUGUGAUACAGACGAGGACUGCGCAGACGAUUUGGUGUGCUAUCAGAAAAAUGAUUGCCAAUACGUCGCAGGAUGUCUAGGCAGCUUCGAUGACUAUAGCUAUACGGACUACUGUGUUCGUAAGAGUGAUGUUAAUGCUGGGAAACUAGCUCUGGACGACACCGUCGUGGGCGACUUCAAUCACCAACAAUUGCAGCUUUGUCAAGGAGAUUGCGACGAAUACUAUGAUUGUGCUCCAGGAUUGAUCUGCCUACACCGGCAUGCAAAUGAACCCGUGCCUGGUUGUAUUGGUGCAGAAACCCAUUUUCGUACGGACUACUGUAUAUCUCCUAACAAUCGGGGCAACUCCCGCAAGGAUGUCAUUGAAAGCAGUUUGAGUGGGGGCAGUAAGUACAGUGACUUGAACGUUUACUAUCAAAACGAAGAUGACAGUAGUUGGGACUAUUACAACGAGUUGGAACUUUACACUCAAGACACACUGGAUUGGCUCAUCAACGUGGACCUUUGGGUGCCACCAGUCGAGGAAGAGAAACCACAAGAGCUCUGGCGAGAGCGAUACGCGAUGGCGGCUCUGUACUUUGCCACUGAGGGAGACAAGUGGUUUGACCCAAGAAACUACUUGUCGGUCGAUUCGGUCUGCACAUGGAGUGGAAUAAGUGACGAGAUUGAAAUCGAUUGUAAUGAAAACGGCCGAGUCGUACGUGUCAUUGGACGUGCAAAUGGAAUGUUGGGAUCGAUUCCUUCGGCAAUGCAAGCGUUGACUAUGCUUCAGCGAAUCGAUUUCUACGACAACAAUAUUCGCGGCUCCAUUCCUUCCUCUCUUGCAGAAUUGACCCACCUUACAAGGAUCGACUUGUACGAAAACAACUUGACGGGAAAAAUUCCGGAGGAACUCGCCAGUUUGACCAAGCUUGAACAGAUUUCACUAUUUGAUAAUGCUCUCACAGGAACACUACCAGAAGGCAUUUCAAAAUGGACCAACCUGCGAAGGUUCCAUAUCAGCGACAAUGCCAUCUCUGGAUCCAUCCCAAAUAUUGGCGGCUGGAGCCAUCUGACUUAUUUGGAAUUGUCCAACAACCGGAUUUCGGGCAGUCUUCCAAAUUCCAUCGGAAACAUGCACGAUCUUGAAAUCUUGGUGUUGUCCAACAAUCGACUCACUGGAACUCUCCCUUCCUCUCUCCCAAGAUCUCUCGGGCAUUUGUAUUUGCGCUCGAAUAAUAUUGGCGGAAGCUUGCCCACGGAACUAGGCCUUCUUUCCAAUGUCCAGACCAUCGACAUGGCGUACAACGUGAUUACGGGCAGUGUCCCGUCAUCGAUUGGGCGAUUGGCGUGGCUUUAUGACCUCGACCUUCGUGGCAACAAAUUGUCAGGAUCCUUACCUUCGGAGUUGGGGAAUAUGGGCUUUCUCACUGACUUUGAUGCUGGCGUCAAUAAUUUGAGUGGAGAGGUGCCUCCACUCGGGAAUCGCCUCACCAAUUGUUCAUUGGACAGUAACUCCUUCUCAGACACCACAAACGCCGAAGGCAUUUGCCGCCUCGACUAG